AUGAAGAUCUUUAGUUGGAACAUUAGAGGUAUUAAUGGAGUUGGAAGACAAAGGCUAGUUCGUAGUUGGCUUCAGAGUCUGGGCUCAUCAGUGGGAGCGCUAUUAGAGACUCAUGUACAUGAAGAAAAUUUUCUUAGUGUUUUGGGAGCGGUGGCUCCUGGUUGGAGGUUUGAUAAUAAUUAUUCGGAAGCUGCAGGAGGGAGAAUCUGGCUUGUGUGGAAUCCGUCUUUGUCAGUCGUGGUCUAUUUGAAAACGGGGCAGUUGAUGCUCUGUGGAGUGAUCGAUCCAGCCUCUGGUACGGAGUGUACGGUGGCUUUUGUGUAUGCGCUUAAUACGGAAGCUGAAAGGAGGAGCUUGUGGAGGGCGUUAGUAGAUAUUGCGAAUAAUCCGUUGGUGGCAGCUUCACCCUUAGUAGUUCUUGGUGAUUUUCAUCAGAUACUUUUGGCAGAGGAACACUUUUCUUUGCAACCUUAUGAUCUACCGGUCAGAGGUAUGGAAGAGUUGAGGCAGUGUUUGGAAGAAAGCAACUUGACAGAUAUGGAUAUCAGAGGCAUCUUCUUUUCCUGGUCUAACAAACGUCCAGAGGAUCCUAUUUUGCGGAAGCUUGACAGGGUUCUGUGCAGUGAGCUCUGGAGGGAUAUAUACCCAGAAGCUGUGAGUGUGUUUGAAGCGCCUGGAGACUCUGAUCACUCUCCAGCAGUGGUGUCUUUUUCUGAAUUAUCUUCGGUCAUAAAGUGCAGUUUCAAGUACUUCUCCUUUCUAUCUUCACAUCCUAGGUUUCUCGAUGAGAUUCUUAAGACCUGGAAAGAGGAAAUUCCAGUAGGCUCCAAGCUUUUUUCGCUAGGCAAGAGAUUGAAGAAAACCAAAGCAACCUGUAGGAGAUUGAAUAAGGAGGGCUUUGGUAAUAUUCAGCAGAAAGCGAAAGAAGCUCUAGAGGCAUUGAUAGAAAUCCAGCUUCAAUUGUUAACGGCUCCUUCAGAUUCUCUGUUCCGUCAAGAGUUUGUUGCUAGGAAGAACUGA